GGCGCCGAUGGAACGCGGGUGUCAGGCCGGCCGCAGCGCGGGGCCGGCGGCGAGCGCCAGGGCGAGGCCGAGGCUGGGGCCCAGGCGCAGGCCGAGGCCGGCCGCGCGAGCGCUCGGCGGGGAGACGAUCCAGAAAAGGCCGCGGGUCGCACUCUCCACUCAGCUCUAUCGCCUGGACCUCUGCGAUUACGGCCGGGCGCGCGCGGCGUGCGGGACUCCGGGUCUCCGACGCGCGCUCCCGCCGCCCCUCCCCCCUCGCCGCGUAACUUGCGGCCAAAGUUUCCCCCCGGGCUCGGGGGCGCCCGCGCGCGCUCGGAUGGUGAGCCACUAAGUUGGCCUGGGCGGCGGGGCCGGGCCAUGGCCCCCGCGACGCUACCGGGUCCCCAGGACUCCGGACCCCGGGACCUGGGCGCCCCAGACUCGCGCCUCUAGCGCGCCCCCGUCGACCGCGGGCACGCGUGGGAAAGUUGGCCUGGAACCGGCCCGACCAGUUCCUGCCUGGCGCGCGGACCGGCCGCAGGAAGUUGCCGCAAAACUUUUUUCAGGGGGGGGUGCGACCGGAGCCCCCCGAGAGCGCGGGCUGCAUGCGCCCGGGGUAGCCGGGUCCCUCUCGGGUCGCCAGGCGUGCCCAGAGGGGACGGACUUGUCCCGGGGCGUCCCGGCCCCGCUGCCCCCGGGGCUAUGGCCAUGGUGACCGGUGGCUGGGGCGACCCCGGAGGCGACACGAACGGCGUGGACAAGGCUGGUGGGAGCUACCCACGCGCGACCGAGGACGAUUCGGCGUCACCUCCCGGGGCGACCAGCGACGCGGAGCCGGGCGACGAGGAGCGUCCGGGGCUGCAGGUGGACUGCGUGGUGUGCGGGGACAAGUCCAGUGGCAAGCACUACGGCGUGUUCACCUGCGAGGGCUGCAAGAGUUUCUUCAAGCGCAGCAUCCGCCGCAAUCUCAGCUACACCUGCCGGUCCAACCGUGACUGUCAGAUUGAUCAGCACCACCGGAACCAGUGUCAGUACUGUCGGCUCAAGAAGUGCUUCCGGGUGGGCAUGCGCAAGGAGGCCGUGCAGCGAGGCCGCAUCCCGCAUGCGCUCCCGGGUCCAGCGGCCUGCAGUCCCCCGGGUGCGACGGGCGUCGAACCUUUCACGGGGCCGCCGGUGUCCGAGCUGAUUGCGCAGCUGCUGCGCGCUGAGCCCUACCCCGCGGCCGGGCGCUUUGGUGGCGGCGGCGCUGUACUGGGCAUCGACAACGUGUGCGAGUUGGCGGCGCGCCUGCUGUUCAGCACGGUCGAGUGGGCCCGCCACGCGCCCUUCUUCCCCGAGCUGCCAGCCGCCGACCAGGUGGCGCUGCUGCGGCUCAGCUGGAGUGAGCUCUUCGUGCUGAACGCGGCGCAGGCGGCGCUGCCGCUGCAUACGGCACCGCUGCUGGCCGCCGCGGGGUUGCACGCCGCGCCCAUGGCAGCCGAGCGGGCCGUGGCCUUCAUGGACCAGGUGCGUGCCUUCCAGGAGCAGGUGGACAAGCUGGGCCGCCUGCAGGUGGAUGCUGCGGAGUACGGCUGCCUCAAGGCCAUCGCGCUCUUCACGCCUGAUGCCUGUGGCCUUUCUGACCCAGCCCAUGUGGAGAGCCUGCAGGAGAAGGCACAGGUGGCCCUCACCGAGUAUGUGCGUGCCCAGUACCCAUCGCAGCCCCAGCGCUUUGGGCGUCUGCUGCUGCGGCUGCCAGCCCUGCGUGCUGUGCCCGCAUCCCUCAUCUCCCAGCUCUUCUUCAUGCGCCUGGUGGGCAAGACACCCAUCGAGACCCUCAUCCGGGACAUGCUUCUGUCAGGGAGCACCUUUAACUGGCCCUAUGGCUCGGGCUAGUGAAAGUCACCUUCCAGGACACACAUGGAAACUGGGGCCUUGUGGGGACCCUGGGGAUCAGGGCCCCAGCUUCUCUUUUGAGACUGAUUUCUUUUUUUAAAGACUGUGAAAUGUUUGUUUUGUUUUAUUUUUUAAAUCAUGAAACCAAAAAGAUUUGGAUCUCCCAGGCCCUAGCCUUGUCCUGGUAGCCCUUCAACAGUCUGAAGCCAGCAUGCUGGUGCCUCUGGUGUCAUGGGUAUCUGGAAAGGCCACUGCAGCUAGGCAGGGGUGCUAUGGGCCAGGAGGGUCCCUGGAUACAUGGUCCAUGGAGGGCACCAUGGGAUGAUGAAAUCAUGGCCAAUAAUAAAGAUAUUCCCUCACUUG